AGGAAAAGCAAUGGCGACGAGGAGCUCUGGCUUUUUACGAACCCAAACAAGCCGCGGAAAUCGAAGCAAAAACAUUUUUAAUAAAAUUCGACAUGGCCAAAUCACUGGGGUGGGGCUGACUAGAGGGACUCAGGUUCCUGUAGCUCUCCUGGAGGAGAGAGAUAAAAGAGCUCAAUGGCAGGGAAUUCCAGUGUUAUUGAGGAGACUUCAUGAGAGCAGCCACCCUAACAGUGAUCUCACCAAGAUUCACAGCGUGGUCAUGGAACUGUCGUCAUUGCUUUCUAUGGAGGCCAUGUCAUUUGUCACAGAGGAGCGCAAGACACCACAGGAGUCUGUUUCACCCAAUACGUAUACGUUUGACCUGUUUGGAGGAGUUGAUUUGUUUGUGGAGAUUCUGAUGUGGCCAACGCUCACAGUACAGGGAGACCUACCCAUAUUGAGUGAUGAUCUCAUCAAGGAUUGUCUGAGUGUUCUUUAUAACUGCUGUAUAUGUACAGAGGGCGUAACAAAAAGCCUUGCAUUGAGGGAUGAUUUUGUCAUGUUCCUUUUCACCCUCAUGUCUAACAAAAAGGUUUUCCUACAAACCGCCACUCUUAUUGAGGACAUUCUAAGUGUGAAGAAGGAAAUAAUUCAACUUGAAGAAAUUCCCAACCUGCCCAGUCUGGUCCAAAGCUUCAAUCAGCAGCAGCUGGCCAACUUCUGUCGUAUCCUCUCCGUCACCAUAUCAGAGCCAGAUGUGAGUGUAGACGACAAACACACCCUCCUGGCCUGCAGCACCCAGCAAAAGGCCAACCACCUGCCAUCACGUGCUGAGAACAACCAGGUGGCUCUGCUGAAUAUCCCAGGCUUUAUUGAGCGUCUUUGUAAGCUGGCCACGCGGAAAGUUACAGAGGCAGAAGGUGCUUCUGCCCGGUUGGAACUGGAGGACUGGCACAGUUGGCUUGACAAUGCCCUGGUGCUGGAUGCUCUCAUGCAGUUAGCAAUUGAGGAAGCGGAGCAGAGCAGUACAGAGUCAUCUGACGAGAGUUCACUGUCUGCCAGUCCGCUCAGACACCGGCUUCCUCAGUCCAUGAAGAUAGUCCAUGAGAUCAUGUACAAAGUGGAGGUUCUCUAUGUGUUGUGUGUGUUGCUUAUGGGCAGACAGAGAAAUCAGGUUCACAGAAUGCUGGCAGAGUUCAGAUUACUUCCAGGACUCAAUAACCUGUUUGAUAAGCUGAUCUGGAGAAAACAGCCAUCAAGCCAUGUCUUACACCAACAGAACCAGAACUGUGACUGCAGUCCAGAAAUCUCAUUCAAAAUUCAGUUUCUCAGACUGCUGCAGAGCUUCAGUGACCACCAUGAGAAUAAGUACCUCCUCCUAAGUGGACAGGAGCUGAAUGAACUGAGUGACAUCUACGUCAAUGCGAACAUCUUUGAAAUGGAGGCACUGAAUAAUACAGACAGGAAUCUUGUGUGUGAUGGUAAAAAAGGGCUUCUCACACGGUUAAUCUCAGUUAUGAAGAAGGAGCCAAUUGAUUCUUCAUUUAGGUUCUGGCAAGCAAGAGCAGUAGAGAGUUUUCUGAGAGGGACGCCUACAUAUGCUGACCAAGUGUUCCUGCUAAGAAGAGGCUUGUUAGAGCAUAUUCUCUAUUGCAUCAUCGACAGUGGCUGUAAGUCCCAUGAUGUCCUUCAGAGCUAUUUUGACCUACUUGGUGAGCUCAUGAAGUUCAACAUUGAUGCCUUCAAAAGAUUCAACAAAUACGUCAACACUGAGGAAAAGUUUCAGAUGUUCCUUACUCAGAUCAACAACUCUCUGGUGGACUCGAACAUGCUGGUGCGAUGUAUCAUCCUUUCUCUGGACCACUUUGAGAGCCAGACUAAUGACAUGAAAGUUGUAGAAGUGUUUUCAGAGUGUCGUCUCUUAUCCUACAUGGCUCAAAUGGAGAACAGGUUGACCUUCCUUUUUAGACUUAUCAACAUCGUCAAUGUCCAGACUCUCACCCAGGAGAAUGUUAGCUGCCUUAACACCAGUCUGGUAAUACUGAUGCUGGCAAGGAGGCGGGGCAAGUUGCCCUUCUAUCUGAGCGCUUUGAGAGAGAAGGAGUAUACAGAGAAAUACCCCGGCUACCUGCUCAACAACUUCCACAACCUGUUGCGCUUUUGGCAGCAUCACUACCUCAACAAAGACAAGGACAGCACCUGCCUUGAGAAUAGUUCUUGCAUUCCCUUCACCUAUUGGAAGGAGACGGUCUCAGUACUGCUGGGUUCUGGUAAAAGCUCAAGCUGUGCCAUUGCCUCCUACAUUGAUGAAGCCUAUAGGGACCUGGACAGGGACUUCUUAGAACUGUGACUGUAGAGACUCUGAUAUUUUGAGCUACUGAGAGGACUCUGAGAGGAAUUUCAUCGACAUAUCUUAGUUUAUAAGACCUGCUCCAUUCAGAUGCAUUAUAAAAUAGGGGUGUGUGUGCCAUGGGUGUGGAUGUAGGUGUGAAUGUUAUCUGGGUAUUCAUGUUAGUGAUUGUGUUGAUCUGCUUGUUUGUGUGUUGGCUGGCUCUGGUGAUAUCAUGGUUCAGAGUAUUACCUGUACAGUGAGUGCGUGCUUGGGAUUAUAUUAUACUACUGUAGAGGUGUGUGUGUUUGCAAUGGCACUGGACUUUGGAUGUUUUAUUGUCAGUCCAUAGAUUUACAGCUGCCUUGUUCUCUAGUGCAAGAGCUCUCUCAACUCUCAUGUAAGUUGAGUCCUCACACCUGGAACACAUUUCUCUAAGCAGUCAGGAAGAGCCUCACUUCCCACCAUCCCUCCCUCACUGCAAAAAAGGCUAUGAAAUUCAGGUACAUCUCAAAGUCUUAUGUUGGUGGUUGGCUUAGUUUACAUACUUUUCAGCCCCACACUCUCAGAAUGAUGACACAGUUGCAAGAAAAGUAAAUAAAGAAAUUGUUUUAUCACAACCAUGACUCGUAUACAAAUUGUUGAAUGUUUUAAUGUUUGUGCAUUUCAGCAGUCUUUAAUACCGCAGAGUGACUAAUCCAUUAUAAGAUUUAAGAAAUAUGUACAAUUGUUAGCAGGCUACUUGGUGGCUUUGUUUCACAGUAAUGUUAAUUAACCAACCAUAUCGUUCGGAAAGUCACCAUUCUGAAUCCCAUUCUUGCGUUUUAUAAAUGUACAUGUAGUGUAUUGUCCAAUUUCACAAUAAGGUUAAUUUGUCAGUCUAAGUAAAACGUUUUUUUAUUUUUUUUAUUCGAUUUUUAGGGCAGUUUCAUUCAAACGAUUAAUUGGUGGGCUGUAUCGCUAUCGCGCACGUGGGUUUUCGACAGGAAGGAACGCGUUUUCUAAGGUGUGGCACUUAUACAAAUUGUUGAAUGUUUUAAUGUUUGUGCAUAUCAUACUGCAGAGUGGUUAAUCCGUUAUAAGAUUUAAGAAAUACGUACAACUGAUGACAGGCUAACUGGCAGUGUUUCACAGGAGAGUAAAUUAACCAACCAUCGUUCUGAAAAAUGUCGCGGCUGAAUCACCUUAUUCACAGCAGCGCCAUCUUUGAUUUUUAAUGGGAAUGACAACGAGGCUGUGAUGGAAAGACUUUUACAGUCUCUUCAAUGGGCUGUACUGCAGUUUAAAGUGUUUUUGGAUCGUUCCGUGGACGAUUCAAGAACAUUCAGUGGACAUAAAACCCCAGACAACAGGUGUGGAAAAUCAGAUGUGAUGUAGGAGCUUUUUACAGCUUUAUACCAUUCGUAGCAUUGAAGAGAAGAGAUGGUCAGCCUUGUUUUCAUUUCCAUUUAAAGUCAAACAUGGCGCUACUGUGAAUAAGGCUAGUAUAUAUUAGUGGGCCGAAUCCCAUUCUUACGUCAUUAAUGUAAGUGUAGUGUAAGGGUCCAAAUUCACCAUGAGUUUUUAUUUGUCGGUUUAAGUUACAGUAUUUUCCAUGUAAUAAUAAUGAGAUGCAAACUUUUCAUUGGCAAGCUGUAUCGUGCACGUUUUUCUGAGGUGAUGCACUUUCAGUUCACGACUAAUUACAUUUAUCUGGAAGUAAAUACUUGACUUUUGAAAAUAACACGAGAUUAAUUACGUAAUAUUAAAGACGGAUGUUACCUACAGUUGAAUCAAAAUUAUAACUCAUUGCUCUUUACAUAACAUAACAUUGCAUCCAUAAAUAUUCAAUGAACUACUUCAGUCUUUUG